GUAGCAUAUUAUGGAAAGGCCAGUAGAGUUCUUGAUUUCUUUGAAAGUGUUGGUUUGGUUUGUGAUGCUCAUUUUAAUCCAGCUGAUUUUAUAUUGGAAAAGGUUACUGAAGGAGAGGAAGUUCAAGAAAGGAUUGUCCAAGGCUGGGCUGAAAGACAGAAAAGACGUCAGAAAUAUUCAGCAAUUUCCUACAACCAUAGACCAGGAAGAACUGAUACCCCAAGUCCUACUCCAGAGAAGGAUGACAAGGACAAAUCACAGGAUAUGGCGAGUGCAACGAGCCCUAAAAAUGGGCAGCAAAAAGCUACUGAAGAGUUACAGAACAAGGAUGAUGUGUCUGUUCAUUGUACUUCAGAUGUACAUGAGGUAGAUGAGAACUCUGAAGUCCCUGAAAAAGAAAAUAAAACAAGUCCUGCAUCUGACAGAAGUGGUGAGUCCACUGGUGAGCUGUCAGUUAAUGACAGUUCAAAUGAACAGAAAGAUACACUAAGGCAGGAGAAUGGAGGUGAAUUCUCGUCUGAGGAGAUGCUGGACAAAGAAAAAGAAAGUAAGACAGGCAAUGGGCUUAUACCAUUUGGAAAUGAUGGACUGCCUUCAGAGAUGAGUGAGAGUUCAAACCUCUUGGCUUCAAAUCCCAAACCAUCUGCAUCUAAGACCCUUUGGAGGAACGUGAGAGACUCAUUCACCAAAUCUUCAGAUCAUCUUCCACAAGUCCCCUCAGAAAUCCUGGUACCAGUAGCAGAUGUCAAUGUGGCUGUUGUAUCUUACAAGCGUAGUACAUCACGUGAUUAUUCUAAAAUAGAUGUUCAUGAUGACGAUGAAGAUCAUUCUGCCCUGUACUCAGAUAUUUCCACAUCAUGGCCCACAAGUUUCUGGACACAGUUCACAGUUCUCCUACUUAGAACGUUUAAGCAGUCCAAACCAGAUAUUUUGUCUAAGUUAGAGUUAUCACAGAACUUGCUUCUUGCCCUCGUUUCGGGCUUGAUCUGGUUCCAGCUUCCUUACAAAGAGAAGAGCAUUGAAGACAGAUAUUCACUGCUGUUUUUCGUUGUGGUUUAUUGGAUGUUUAAUCCACUCUUCCAAGCUCUGUUAUCAUUUCCAAGUGAAAGGACUGUAGUAAAUAAAGAACGUGCUGCUGGCUACUACAGACUCUCUGCAUACUAUUUAGCCAAGUUGUUCAGUGAAUUACCGCUCGUCUUAUGUCAGCCGACUCUGUUCUAUACGGCAGUCUAUUGGAUGACGGGUUUAAACAGAAGCGAGUCCUUCCUCGGUGGCCUUUUCGUGCUUUUGUUAACAGCCAUAACAGGACAGUCCAUAGGUUUGUGUAUCGGCGCCACAGUAAUGAACUUCAAGAAGUCAAUAGUGGUGUGUGCUGUAUAUGGUCUGACCUGUAUGUUGUUGGGCGGAUUCUACCAGAAAAACAUACCCUCAUGGCUAUCUUGGUUUCAGUACACUGCUUUCGUGAAGUAUUCUUAUGAGGCUUCCCUUAUCAUUGAAUUUGCUAAUUCUCCAUCAUUCAGUUGCUCGGCGACUGAGUCUUCUUACGGUAAAUGCCACAACAAUGGAACCGUCAUCGAAGGAACGGACAUUUUAGAGAGGCUGAAUGUGACAAGAUCUGUGGGAGAAAACAUUGCUGUACUUCUCUGUUUUAUUUUUAUAUUCAGAAUUUUGACAUAUCUUUCUUUACGCUACUUACACAAGCCAAAGUGAUUUCGGUAUUCAGAGACACUGCACGAGCGAUCUGUUAUUUCCUUGUGUUACGUUAAGAUGUCAACUUGUAGCCAUUUGACAACUGACAUAUGUUUAGCGGUGACCACUUUUCAACCUGUCAGAAUGGUAUUGGGUUGAUCAAGCAACGUGAGAAUUAAAUAAAGUAGAUAUAACACGGGAGAAGAAAUUUUAUUGCUUAGAGCUGAAGGCGUUGAGUUUGAUUAUGCAUCAUAAAAUAAUAUAACAAGAAACGAAGUUCAUCGUCAAGUGCUGACGCCCCCCUUGCUCCAAUCACAGGAGCGGCCAUUUACAUGUAUUGUGAUGAUUACUGUUACUAUUUAAAUAUUUAACUGCAAGUUAUUAUUUAGAGAGACGUCAUAUCUUGUGAGCAAGAGGAAUUACGAUAUUCCUUACUGCCAUAGUAAGAUGUGUUAUCUUAGGCCAGAGGGGGAUAUGACGUCAGCAGGUGCGGUAGAUAUUUCUAAAUGUUAAAUAGAGGUAGAUAACGCGUUGUGUCUUGAAUGGUUUUGUUCGUAGAUGACUAUUGGAGAACGAUGAACAGUCUUUUUAUGAUUAUAGCAGCUCUUACACAAUUAAAAUUCAGUUUUCAAUUCUUA